UGGCGUGGGCGCGCGCGGGGCCGCGGCGGGCACGGAGAGUCAGCCGCGUCGCUUCAGCCCGGAGCACCCUCAGCGGCCGCGCCUCCUGCCCUCUGUCCUUCUGCCCGGCCCCGCGCCACCAUGCCCGCCGUGGACAAGCUCCUGCUGGAGGAGGCGUUGCAGGACAGCCCCCAGACUCGCUCUUUACUGAGUGUAUUUGAGGAAGAUGCUGGUACCCUCACGGAUUAUACCAACCAGCUGCUCCAGGCGAUGCAGCGGGUCUACGGAGCCCAGAAUGAAAUGUGCCUGGCCACUCAGCAGCUUUCUAAGCAGCUGCUAGCAUAUGAAAAACAGAAUUUUGCUCUUGGCAAAGGCGAUGAAGAAGUAAUUUCUACACUCCACUAUUUUUCCAAAGUGGUAGAUGAGCUUAAUGUUCUCCAUACAGAGCUGGCUAAACAGUUGGCAGACACAAUGGUUCUACCUAUUAUACAAUUUCGAGAAAAGGAUCUCACAGAGGUUAGCACUUUAAAGGACCUUUUUGGACUCGCCAGUAAUGAGCAUGACCUCUCAAUGGCAAAAUAUAGCAGGCUUCCUAAAAAAAAGGAGAAUGAGAAGGUGAAGACAGAUGUCGUGAAAGAGGUGGCGGCCACACGGCGGAAACAGCACCUCUCUUCUCUUCAGUAUUACUGCGCCCUCAACGCGCUGCAGUACAGGAAGCGUGUAGCCAUGAUGGAGCCCAUGAUAGGCUUUGCCCACGGACAGAUUAACUUUUUUAAGAAGGGAGCAGAGAUGUUUUCCCAAAAUAUGAACAGCUUUUUAUCCUCAGUUGCGGACAUGGUCCAAAGCAUUCAGGUGGAACUAGAAGCUGAAGCCGAGAAGAUGCAGGUGUCCCAGCAAGAACUGGUCUCUGUUGAUGAGUCUGUUUACACCCCGGACUCUGACGUGGCUGCACCACAGAUCAACAGGAACCUCAUCCAGAAGGCUGGUUACCUUAAUCUUAGAAGUAAAACAGGGCUGGUCACCACCACCUGGGAGAGGCUUUACUUCUUCACGCAAGGCGGGAACCUCAUGUGUCAGCCGCGGGGCGCCGUGGCCGGAGGCCUGAUCCAGGACCUGGACAACUGCUCGGUGAUGGCGGUGGAUUGUGAAGACCGACGAUACUGCUUCCAGAUCACCACGCCCAACGGGAAAUCGGGAAUAAUCCUCCAGGCAGAAAGCAGAAAGGAAAAUGAAGAGUGGAUAAGUGCCAUAAACAACAUCUCCAGACAGAUCUACCUGACUGACAACCCAGAGGCGGUCGCCAUCAAGUUGAAUCAGACGGCUCUCCAAGCAGUGACUCCUAUUACAAGUUUUGGAAAAAAGCAAGAAAGCUCAUGCCCCAGCCAGAACCUGAGGAAUUUAGAGCUGGAGAAUGACAAGAUUGUCCCCACAGCAGCGGCCCGUGUCCCUGACGCCGAUGAGCUCAUCGCGCCCGGAACACCUAUCCAGUUCGAUAUCGUCCUUCCUGCCACAGAAUUCCUGGACCAGAACAGAGGGAGCAGGCGCAUCAACCCUUUUGGUGAGACUGAGGAUGAGACCUUUCCAGAAGCAGAAGAUUCCCUUUUGCAACAGAUGUUUAUAGUUCGGUUUCUGGGAUCGAUGGCAGUUAAAACAGACAACACUACCAAAGUGAUUUAUGAAGCAAUGAGACAAGUGUUGGCCGCUCGGGCUAUUCACAACAUCUUCCGCACGACGGAAUCCCACCUGCUGGUCACCAGCCAGACUCUGAGGUUGAUAGAUCCUCAGACUCAAGUAACAAGGGCAAAUUUUGAACUCACCAGCAUCACCCAGUUUGCUGCUCAUCAGGAGAACAAGAGACUGGUUGGCUUCGUGGUCCGCACAUCGGAAUCCACGGGUGGAGAGGCUCUGAGCACAUACGUUUUUGAAAGCAACUCAGAAGGCGAAAAGAUAUGUUAUGCUAUUAAUUUGGGGAAAGAAAUCAUUGAAGUUCAGAAGGAUCCAGAAGCAUUGGCUCAGUUAAUGCUGUCCAUACCACUAACCAAUGAUGGAAAAUAUGUACUGUUAAACGAUCAACCAGAUGACAAUGAUGGAAGUCCAAGUGAAAAUAGAGGCGCAGAAUCUGAAGCAUAACUCUCUUGGGCCUUUGGGGGAAGAGUACCCAGGAAGGAGAGCUACCUCCUUAAGGGUUUUCAACUUCUCUGAUAUACAGGCCCAUGACCUGGUUUCAGAAUGCUGACAAUCGCUUGUGGAAUGUCCUCUGGAUGCCUUGAUACUGAGAGAUGGGAGGGAAACAGUAAGAAAUGGUUGACAACAUUCCUACCCAUCUACAAAUGUUAUUUUAGGUGCUUUGUGGUAAGUCUUUUUCUUAGAUUUUAUUGUUCAGCACUCAGAAUGAAAGUUAAAGAAAAAAUGCAUUGUUCACUUUAUUCAAAUGUCAUCUCUUCAGUUUCCAAUACCCUUUUUUAAAAAUGGUAAAAACCUAGAUUUAUAAUUUGAUAAACACUAAAUAUUUCCUAUUAAUAUAUUUUUGUAUUUUACUUAAUGAGCUUUAAGUGCCUGUCACUCUGAAAAUUGUGUAUUUAUAAUCAAGCUUGUUUUACAAUUGGACUUAAUAGCAUUAAUUUGUGCAGUUAAGUGACAGCCCUGCUUUGAGGCCUGAGCACUAGCAAAAAUGCAGUUUUGAUAAUUCUUCCAGACAUGUAAUAAAAAGACUAGCAGAUGAGUACCACAAAAGAUGUUCAGUUUUACAUUGGAACCUUAAUGAACCAGCAUUCAGAACUUUAUGGUCCUUUAGAUAUUUGUAGUGGUGGAUCACCAUGGACAGAGUGAAGCUCUACCAGUUCCUGAUUCUUGAGCCAGACCCUCCUUAAGGAAGGGACCAAUUAAUUUUAAAACUCACUUGAAGCACGGCUGGUUGUGGGGCUUGGUACAAAGUUCCUAUUUCCACCCCUACCUAUUAAAAUAAGUAUAAUGAUCUUGAAUUGGCACAGUGUGUUUAAUUAUAACCAAGUUCAACAGAAUAUCAUUGUCUUUGUAAUAAAUUAACCUAGCAAUAAAUGCUAGCAAAUAAAAACUAUCAUUCUGUUU